AUGUGGAACGACUGCUAUGAGUUCAUGUGUCUACGUAGCCCUCAAUCCAUCUCUAUGCCUUGUCUGCCCAUUUCUCAUGUCUUCACAAAUUGGCUCCAAUCUCUCCCUCAACAACUCAUACCCGACAUCCUCAUUAGACUGCCAAUCAAAUCCUUGCUCAGAUUCACCUCUGUUUGUAAAUCAUGAAACUCCAAUAUCAAAGAUCCAACCUUUAGCCGUACCCACCUCACCCGCACUCUCAAUUCCAAUCACCAAAACCUGCUGUUAUUCCACAAUUUCCCAUUUCUGGGUUUAAACAAGACUCUUACCUUACAUUCUGAUGACACUGCUUUUACUGAGCACUGUAAGAUUGAGUUUCAUGUUGCUCUUAAGGAAAUGAUUAUGAUGAAGAGUCCCUGUUUUCGUGUUGUGGGUACUUGUGAUGGGCUGGUUCUCCUCUCUGAUGAUAUAUGCCUUGAUACUGACAACUUUGUUUUAUGGAACCCUGGUAUAAGAAAGUAUGUUGUCCUUCCUAAGCUCACUGUAAGGAUUUCGACACGCGGUGAGUUAAAGGCUUGCAUUGGUCUGGGUUAUGAUGCUGUAAAGAAUGACUAUAAGGCUGUGAGAGUGACUUCUCUUGUGAAUCAACCUGAUCACUACCCCAGGGGUAUGGUUCAGUACUAUUCGCUGUCACUGGCCAUGGGCAUACUUCGUGUUCUUCCUCCAUGUAUGGCCAAAUUGGAGUAG